AUGACAAGUUUGCGUUUUUUGGGAUUCGUGCGUUGUUUCCUCGUUGGUGCCAUCUGGAUUCUAGCAAUUUUGGCAUUGCUAAUUUGUGAAAAUACCUCGACGGCCGACGAAGUGCCUGCUUUCUUCCUGAAAAUCGCAAAGAAUAUUCCUCGCGUGGGACGCAGCGAAGGUUACGACGAUUUCUUUAAAUCUCGAAAAAAUCUUCCAAAACUUGGAAACCACGAUGCUCAGUCUGAAUCUUGGCCGCAAUAUUCUGUCGACGAACCCUUUUCAAGACCUAUAAAAAGGCGCGUGGAUUAUCCAUCGGUUGAUGAUUGGUCGUGGCAACACUUUCCUCUCGCGAUAGAAGGACCACGAGAACUCUGGCGAACUCUGGCUGGUUAUUCUAAGGACACGUCGGACGAUGUUGACAACGAAAUAUGGAAACGAAAAAAGAGGACGGGAAACGAAGCCAUGGCUUCCGAGGAGAAUUAAUGGAGCGACAUGACGACGUUAUUAUGCCCGUGGAUGAAUAUAUUUAAUGGUCAUCGUCGGUGUUUA